AGCAGCGAGUACGGCUCAGGCAUGUCCGAUCUGGCAGUGACUCAGACUUACCAGAAUGCGGCUGCUGUGUUUCCUCCUCAUGGAUUUCACAACCACCAUGAACUCAGUGUGGACUGGAGGGAGUAACCUGAAGCCUUCUUCCGUUCUACUCCUGAUCCCGGUCCGACCUCCUCCUGCCAGUGACUGUUUCCCUUCUAACAGCUCAGGUACAGAUCACCGGCUGGAGCUGAUGUUUAUCGUCUCACCUGAUCACAUGAAGCCAUGGGGGAGUUGAUCCAUCGAGGACCAACAACAACAACAGGGAUUAUAAUGACCGCUUGGCUGCUGCUGAUCUCACUCUUCUGUUUGAGCGCUCAAAGUACAAGUGGACUAGAAAACGAUAUCUUGUAUUGUGGACCUCAGAACGUGGCUCUGUCCACCUCUGACCAGACGCUGCUGCUGACAUGGGAAGACAAACCUUCGUGUUUGGCGUUGAAAGACGUCCUGACCUACGAGCUGCUGGUUCUCAUCGCAGAUAAACAAGAACACUACGACGAAAUUGUGGUGACACAUGACCAGAUCGGAUCGACUCACUCCUGGAACUGGACGUCGUAUUUGGCGUUGGAGUGCGCUGCUCAUUCAGUCCGGCUCCGGUCACGAUACAACAACCAGACGAGCCCAUGGAAGCAAGAAAAGGCCCUUCCUGGGAACCGAAGCCCAAAGAAAUGGCAGGUUUACCCACGAGACCGAGUGUUCGAAGCUGGUAGUACAGCCACCUUCUGUUGCAUCGUACCUGCAGGGGAAAGUUUUAAUAACACGUACCUGAGCGACUAUAAUGGUCUGAACAAGAGCAUCACCAAAAUCAGCAACCAGACUUAUGCGCUGACGCUCAAUCUGAACGAGGCAUCGGACAGAUGCAUCGAUGUCAAAUGUAGAACAAGCAGAACCACCUAUGGGGCUUGUGUUUUUGUUGGCUACCCACCUGGUGACAGCGACCUUCAGUGUGAAACUCGGGAUCUGAAAUCAGUCGAAUGUCACUGGACAGUCGGAAGAGACACACAGUUGAGCCUCGGGAGCCCAACUCGUUACAAGCUACAGGGACGUGACUGUGCAGAGGAAAUUACAGGCAGCUGCUCACAUCUGAUGCCGGAUGAAGCCGGUGAGACAAACUGGACUUUAACGGCACGAAAUCAGCUCGGAGAGGUUCGGCUUCACGACAGAGCGGACCUGACCACAAGAGUGCGCAUGUUUGCUCCAGAACAAGUAACCGCUUCGACUGUGAACUCCAGAAACGUGAGUCUGGAGUGGAGGUGGACCGUAGAUGGGUACAACCAGCUCAGUCUGACCUGUGAAGUACGAGUUAGCCACGGUGACACAAGCAGCACAAGUGAAACAUCUGGAGUUGGUCUUAACGCUGCAGUUCUAACCGACUUGAUACCAAACUGGACGUAUAAUGUGACGGUGAGAUGCAGAACGGCACAGCACUGGUGGAAGUGGGGUGACUGGAGCAAAGCUUCAGAGUUCCACACAAAGGGUGACGUUCCAGAUGCUCUCGAUGUCUGGAUGCAGGCGAAGGAAAACCAGGUUGUAGUCGUCUGGAAGACACUACUGGCCAAUCAGAGCCACGGACAGAUCACUGAAUAUGAAGUUACCUGGGCAACCAACAAAACCAGAGUAGCUCCCAGUGAACGUAAGCUGAUGUUCUGUCUGGACACCAGUAAAGAACACGACAUCACGGUCACAGCCUGGAACGUAAACGGCAGCUCAUCUCCUUCAGCCAUCACCACCCCCAGCAUCAGUCCAGACAGAACCAGAGUGAACACUUCCUGGAUCACUGGCAGUAACGGUGGCUUCAUGCUGUCCUGGGCUUCCAGUCCUGAAGCCAGCUGUGGAUACAUCGUGGACUGGUGUCCGACCCUCGACUGUGAUGCUGUGGAGUGGAUCAAAGUUCCUGCCAACAACACCAAUGCCACUAUAUUUUCAAAAGACUUUAAAGAUGGACUGAGGUAUUCGUUGUCCAUAUACGCCUGCACAGAGGGCGCUCCAGUUCUUCUAGAGAGGAGGGAAGGCUACGUCCGAGAAACAAUAAUCGAAGAAAAGCUGUUUGAAUCGCUGAAGUUCGAACAGCAGAAGACGGACGUGGAGAUUUCCUGGGCGCCGAUACCUCUGAGACGGCAGACAGUCUUCAUCCGAGGCUACACUCUGUACUACUGGAACCAGGACGGUGACGGCGUGGUGUUCAACGUGAGCACAGACGAUCCUGAAGCCACCAGUCUGACGGCAAGAAACCUGAAAAUCGCCUCGUAUAAGUUCACGGUGGCGGCUCGGACGGCGCUCGGAGAAUGUGGCAACACGUCUAUUGACACCACCUUGAAUUCUCUGACUGAUGAUUUGUUCAAGACCUUCUUCGUCGCUCUGGGUUUGGUUUCGGGUCUCCUCAUCGUCACGACGGUCCUCUGCUACAGACACUGGGCCUGCAUCAAAAAUAAAGUCUAUCCUCCGAUCCCGAAGCCGGUGUUGAUGGACAACUGGUUGACACCAGCGGGUGAACUUACUUGUCAGCGUCUUCACCUGGAUCUCCAAAGUGAAGCUGACACCAUGAACGUUCCGGAGCUGCACCGUAAACCUGGAGUGCCGGUGAACGACUACGUUGGCGAGAACGUGCCUUUUUCUUUCACGCAGACUCCCAAAGGUUACUACAACAAACCCCUGACGAAGGACAAGCCGCCGCCCCUGAUCUUACCCUCCACGGACGCGCCGCCUCCGCCGGGUUUACCGUCGUCUCUGCUCAGAGGCGUGUUUCCCAACCCGUCGUACAACCUGGUACCCGGGGAUCACCUGUCCAGCUGUGUGCCCAAGGUUCAGGAGGGAACACCUGUGAUGGAAACCUCUGACGGAUACCAGCCUCAGAACCAACCCUUCCCUCUGAGCCUGACAGCAGAGCGUCCGGACAGCCCCAUGUCCUGUGGAUCCGCCUACAUUUUGGUACCAUAG